AUCAUCACCAUGUUAUUUGCAGGGUAUAAUGGAGUUCCAUGUUUGAACAAUUUGGAAAAGGAGGGAGUAAGCCAAUCCAUCGAGGAAGGAUCACUUUCAAGAAACACUCCAUCUUUUACUCCUCUUCGAGAGGCCAAGCCAGUCCGAAUGGAACGUCGAAUGUUACGGUGGAAUGAAGAAAGGAUUCCCUGGUGGCGGAUCAUGAAAACCUCAUCAAAUGGAUUUCAAUUUAAAUCAAGUUCAUCAGGAUGAAAUGAUUGUUCUUUGAUUUGUUAAAUAGAAAAAUAUGUACAAAGUCUGAAUAAAGUAAAGUCUUAUUAUUUUGGUAACCUUUCCUUAUCAAAGUAAAAGCCUUCCAAAGACC